AAAUCUUGUACGGGAUUUUAAUCUCGUUAACGCUCUUUUAAGUCCUUUCACAUUUACAACAUCUCACAUUCUCACUCCAUUUCCUCUGUUAUUAAUUUGCAUUGUUUCAUCACCAUAAUAACAAUAAUAACCCACCCACCUUAUCUAAACUCUGAAUAUUCAUCUGGGUAUUUCUGAUUUCACCCACAUUCAUGCAAAAAUUCAAAAUUUGGAAAAAAGAAAAUUAAUACAUUGAAGGCAGAAAUUGGUCUGUUGGAAGCUUGAAUUGUGAAUAAAAACAAAAAGGGUUUGUAAUAUGAUGAAACUGAUGCAAUUUAAUUUGAUUUUUACAAGAAGGUGCCGAUUUAUACAGAGGCCAUUUUGCUCCUCUUCGUUCAAUCGAGAAGCAUCGGUAUCAUUGGUUCAAGGAGCUUCAAGAGGCAUUGGCCUUGAAUUUGUAAAACAGCUUCUGGGUAGGGACCAGAAAGGGCAUGUUCUUGCUACAUGUCGAAAUCCUGAUCAAUCUACUGGGCUGCAGGAGCUGAAAAAUCAAUACUCUGAUCGACUUAAACUUCUGAAAGUUGAUGUGAUAGAUGAAAACACCAUUGAGGCUGCAGCAACUUCUGUGAGUGAAACAUAUGGUUAUCUGAAUCUUCUUCUCAAUACAUCUGGAAUUCUGUCUAUACCCAAUUUGUUACAACCAGAAACGACAUUGACUAAAGUACAGAAACAUGCCUUACUGCUUGCAUAUGAAGUUAAUGCAGUGGGUCCUCUGCUAAUGAUGAAGCACAUGUGGCCCCUGCUUAAAUCGGGAGGGAAAAUAGGGACUAUGAGGGAUGCUGCUGUUGUGGCAAAUUUGAGUGCAAGAGUUGGAUCUAUUGGUGACAAUAAUCUAGGUGGAUGGCAUUCAUAUCGAGCUUCAAAGACAGCAUUGAAUCAGUUGACAAAAACAGCUUCAGUGGAAUUUGCUCGUAAGAAGGAUCCAAUUAUUUGCCUCUUGCUGCAUCCUGGCACAGUUGAUACCGAUUUAUCUCAGCCUUUUCAGAGAAAUGUCCCAAAGGACAAGCUAUUCACCAAAGAGUUUUCUGUGAAUAAGCUCUUAAGCAUCAUCGAUGGUGCCAAGAUUCAUGAUAACGGAAAGUUUUUUGCUUGGGAUGGUCAAGAAAUUCCUUGGUGAUGUUUGAUGGUCUUGGAUUCCAUUAAGAUUUCAAGUCAUUUGCUUGCCUUUGUAUCACUUCAUUGAUAAAUAAUUUGUUCGCCAAUGAAAAUCAUUCUGAAUUCUUCACGGUACGAACAGUUAGGAAACAAGUGAAUAUACUUGUCAUACAGGUAUAUAACUGAUGUAUAUUACUGCUGUCAAAUAAUACUGAAUAUAGUACUGGAAUUUGUUGUUUGGUUCUGCUCCUCAACAUAAGCCGAAUGGUCAUGCAGGUUCAGGGUUUUUUUUUUUUUUUUAGUUGUUGAAGUUGUGUUACCGAACAUACCUUUAACAUUAUAUCUUGUAGUCUUGUACGCUGUAACUUUUUUUUUGUUUAACUAGUCGUGGGUAAGUGCCAUUUUUUAGUAAAAACGCUUUU